UAUAAAUCCUGUGGGAAGGCAGAAUUCCCAUUCCUUGGUUCGCACGAAGAGGGAGACACAGAGUCUGACUUCAGAAUUUAGAUAUUCGGAGUUUGGUGGGAAAAGUGAACGGAGAGGAAUCUCUGGAUUCCAACUCUUUCGACGGUGGUUAUGCUGCUUGCCGUUCAGGGUGCCCUUGAUUUGAAUUUUGAAGGUCUUGUUUUCUCGUUCAAGAUAUGGAGACAAUUUCUGUUUGGCCAAAUUGCUACCAUUAUCGUUUGCUUUCUUUCCAAGAAGUGCAUGAUUGGCAUAUCUUUGUCCUUGUAGAUUUUCUUCUGGUUUCCUUUGUUAAUUGCACCUAGGGUUCUGUUCCUCUUGGAUGAUCACCACUGGGUACGUUAUGCUAGUUUCUUCUGAGACAGGUGCUCCAUCUUUAGUGCACCUGUGCAAUGCAUUGAUGACCGAAAAUCCAGUUAAAACAUCUCGCAAAUCUUCAAUGGGGGGCUGAAGUCUGUAGAUUUCUGACUGAAUGUUGGAUGCUUCCUCCAUGUCAACUACUGGAUAAGCAGUUGCAUUGAAUCAGUGUGCCCUAUUAUCAAUUUGUAAUUAAUUCGUUUUUGCUUGUGGUGGAUAUUGGUGGUGAACAAAUAUCAGUUACCUGAAGGCUCUGAAACAAUUCAUAUUAGUUUUGAAGUAGCUAUUACUGGAGUUCUCAUGUCUUGGGUCGGUGGCAUUUUGUAAUGAUCAAUGUUGUUGCCUUGGUCACUCAUUUUGGUUAGACUUGGGAAGUGGUAAUAUGAUCUAUAGUUCUUGUUCAUCACUGCCACCUGCAUCCUGCUACCCUUAUGAAGCCAUAGGUCUAUCAAUCAAUAAGGCUGUGCAGCCCUUCCAUCUGAAAGCUUCUGUUUUUGAGCCUUCCUAUGCCUUGACAGAAAAUUGAUGGUGGUUCUUGCUGGAACAGCACCUAUCUGUUGAUACUCAGUAGACUUUCUCAGCAUCGUCUGCGAGAGAUACAUUAUAUUAUCUUGUGUGUUUUCUUAUAUCUUUUGAAUAAAGAAAGGGCUGCUUUGCAUUCCUAGCGAAUAAUGGAGAGGUACAAGUUAAUCAAGGAAGUUGGUGAUGGAGCAUUUGGGAGUGUCUGGAGAGCUAUUUAUAAGCAAACUGGUGAAGUUGUUGCAAUCAAGAAAAUGAAGAAGAAAUAUUACUCUUGGGAGGAGUGUGUAAAUCUGAGAGAGGUCAAGUCAUUGAGGAGAAUGAAUCACCCUAAUAUUGUGAAGCUGAAGGAAGUUAUUCGAGAAUGUGACAUUCUAUACUUUGUUUUUGAGUACAUGGAAUACAGCCUGUAUCAACUCAUGAAAGACAGGUCUAAGCUGUUUUCUGAAGAUGAAGUUAGAAAUUGGUGUUUUCAAAUUUUCCAAAGUCUUGCUUACAUGCACCAGCAUGGAUAUUUUCACCGUGACCUGAAGCCAGAAAACUUGCUGGUUACCAAGGAUGUUAUUAAAGUUGCUGAUUUUGGUCUUGCACGAGAGAUCAGCUCACAACCACCCUAUACCAAAUAUGUCUCCACACGGUGGUAUCGAGCUCCUGAAGUGCUGCUUCAGUCCUAUCUUUACGGAUCUGAAGUUGAUAUGUGGGCCAUGGGUGCUAUUAUGGCUGAACUCUUCACUCUCCGUCCUCUUUUUCCUGGUGCCAGUGAACCAGAUGAGAUCUACAAAAUAUGCAGUGUGAUUGGCAGUCCAACCAUUGAGUCAUGGGCUGAUGGGCUUAAACUUGCAAGGGAUAUCAACUAUCAGUUUCCAGAGUUUGCUGGUGUACAUCUUUCUGUUCUAAUCCCCUCUGCAAGCGCUGAUGCUAUUGACCUCAUGACAGCGCUUUGCUCAUGGGAUCCUUGCAAGAGGCCAACGGCUUAUGAGGCCCUUCAGCACCCAUUCUUUCAGAGUUGCUUUUAUAUUCCUCCUUCCCUCCGCACCAAGGCAAUUGCCAGAACACCUCCAUCUGUUACCACAGCUGGAGCACGGGGAUCAGUGUAUCGGCAUGAUGUUAAGAGAUAUUCAAGUGCUUUAUCUAAUUCGAAGAUAACCAAUAAUUUUUCUCCCUCGAAAUCACAUCCUCCUUUAGCUGCAGGUGUGCAACGCAAGCUGGAUCUGACAAAUGAGAAGGUUGGAAACAAGACUGAUAAGGCCUUGAAGAAACAACCGAAAUAUAGACCUCCCGGGAAGGACAGCCCAAUUAAUGUUGGGUUUGCAGCGUCUAUGAACAAGGGGAGGACAGUGCGUGGGGUUUCAGAAACAGCUGAGAAGUUUGCGAACAUGAGUGUUGAAGUCCGUAGACAGUCUAUGGGACAAGCUCGACGGCCUCCUGCAAUGAAAGCAGGAGUGCAGUGGGGUUCGGAAUCUAGAAACUUGCUGGCGAGGCCUGCUCAAGUUGUUUCUACUGGAAGAACUUUUCCUAGGAAAGUUGCUGGAUGACAAGUACCAACCUAGUGAUCUUCCUUCCAUGUCAAAUAUGUUCUUAAUGCUCCUCCAGAGUCCAGUAUAGCUUUGCUAUUAACUUUUUAAUACUUCUGCGUUUGUUUUGUGUUUGAUCGUUUGUAUCCCUUAUGUGGUGGGACGUAACCUGUGCGUUGCUGAUUCGCUACUUUGUUUAUUGUCUCAUGUAUUGAACGAGUUUUUAUGAAUAAAUAGCACGCAUUUAUUUA